GUAUAUUGUUUACAGAAAGAGCUGAAGAUUAAAAACCACAGUCUUCAAGAGACUACUGAGCAAAAUGUUAUUCUGCAGCAUACUCUUCAACAACAGCAGCAAAUGUUACAACAAGAGACAAUUAGAAAUGGAGAGCUAGAAGACAUUCAAGCUAAACUUGAAAAACAGGUAUCAAAACUUGAACAAGAGCUUCAGAAACAAAGGGAAAGUUCAGCUGAAAAGUUGAGAAAAAUGGAGGAAAAAUGUGAAGCAGCCACAUAUGAAGCAGAUUUAAAAAGGCAAAAAGUUAUUGAACUUACUGGUACUGCCAGGCAAGUAAAACUUGAGAUGGAUCACUACAAAGAAGAACUGUAUAAAAUGGAAAAAGAAAUAAAGCACCUAAAACGAGAUGGAGAAAAUAAAGCAAUGCAUCUCUCUCAGUUAGAUGUGAUAUUAGAACAGACAAAGACAGAACUAGAUAAGAAGACAAACGCUGUGAAGGAGUUAGAAAAGUUACAGCACCACACUGAAACUGAACUAACAGAAGCCUUGCAGAAACGGGAAGUACUAGAGACUGAACUACAAAAUGCUCAUGGAGAAUUAAAGAGUACUUUAAGACAACUCCAGGAAUUGAGAGAUGUUCUACAGAAGGCUCAAUUGUCAUUAGAGGAAAAAUACACUACUAUAACGGAUCUCACAGCUGAACUUAGGGAAUGCAAGAUGGAGAUUGAAGACAAAAAGCAAGAACUCCUUGAAAUGGAUCAGGCACUUAAGGAGAGAAAUUGGGAGCUAAAGCAAAGAGCAGCUCAAGUAACACAUUUGGAUAUGACUAUUCGUGAGUACAGGGGAGAAAUGGAACAGAAAAUAAUUAAAUUAGAGGGUACUCUGGAGAAAUCAGAAUUGGAACUUAAAGAAAGCAACAAACAGAUAGAAGGUUUGAAUGAAAAAUUGCAAAAUGCCAAAGAACAGCUUCGAGAAAAAGAGUUUAUAACACUACAAAAUGAACAGGAGAUAAGUCAACUGAAAAAAGAAACUGAACGGACACAAGAAAAGAUGAAAGAAAUGGAAAGUGUUAUGAAAGAGCAGGAACAGUACAUUGCAACUCAGUACAAGGAGGCCAUAGAUUUGGAGCAAGAAUUGAGGCUAUCUCGGGAGCAGAUGCAGAACUCUCAUACAGAAUUGGUGGAGGCUCAUCGUCAACAAGUCCAAGCACAGAGAGAAGUAGAAAGGCUGUCAAGUGAACUGGAGGAAAUAAAGCAACUCUCUAAAGAGAAAGAAGCUCAUGGAAAACAUUUAGCUGAAGAAUUGGGGGCUUCUCAAGUACGUGAAGCUCAGUUAGAAGCAAAAAUGCAAGCAGAAAUCAAGAAAUUGUCAGCAGAAGUAGAAUCUGUCAAAGAAGCUUAUCAUCUAGAGAUGAUUUCACAUCAGGAGAAGCAUGCAAAGUGGAAGAUUACUGCUGAUUCUCAAAAGACUUCUGUUCAGCAACUAAAUGAACAGUUAGAGAAAACAAAACUAGAAUUAGAAGAAGCUCAGGACACUGUAAGCAAUUUGCAUCAGCAAGUCCAAGACAGGAAUGAAGUAAUUGAAGCUACAAACGAAGCAUUACUUAUUAAAGGAGAAAAUUUGUAAUUAAAAGAAGACGUUGAUGUGAUGAAAAAUGGAAUUUUUGGUACUGUGCUGUGUUUACUUAUUAUAUACAGUUCAUACUUCAUAGAAACUAUUAUUUUAUUGCUUUUGAAUAAAUUUUAAGGUUUUUAAAGAAAGUUCUUUCUUCUAAAGCUUACUUAUACUUUUUGUGAAAAUUAAUUCACUUUAUUUAUUGUUUUGGUUUAAACUUGCUACUUUCCUUUUCUUUAUUUUUUCUGUAGAAAUCAUUGUUAAAAUGCA